AUGAAUCCCAGUGCAUCUGAAGUAGAGAGAGAGAGUGCAAAUAUACAAACUAAACUAAAUUCGUUUCAAACAGAACUUGAAAGUUUACGAUCUCAAAUAAAUGUUGUUACAGAAGAAAAUAAAGAUUUACGUCGACAGUUAAAGAAAACAAUUGAAGAAAAAUUGGUUGGAAUCAGUCCAGAUGCUGUUAAUAAUAAUGAAAAUAUUAUCGAAUUACAAAAAACACAAAUAAAUCUUCUUGAACAAGAAAAAGAUGAUACAAUGAAAUUGUGCAAACAAAGUCAAGAAAUGGUUUUACGUUUAGAACAAGAAGUGAAUGAUUUGAAAGAUCCAUUGAAGCCACACUUAUUGAAAUUAGACAUGCAAAGUCGUCAAAUACAAGAACAACAUGCAAGAGAAGAAAUAGAACUUGUACAAGAAAUGAAUUUGAUUCGAGAAGAGUUAUCAAAAAGAAGCAAAGAUUUAGUUAAUUCACAAUUAUUAGUGAAAGAAUUGGAGACAAAUAAUGAAGUAUUACGAACACAAGUUUUUCAAAAAGAAGAUGAUCUACGUAAUGCAUUGAAAAAAGAACUAGGUUAUGAUGGAACAUUGGAAAAUGCAUUAAAGGAAAAAGAGCUCGCCAGAAAACAACAAGAUGAAUUAGAUGCAAAACUAAAAGAAAUGACACUAGAAAAUCGCUCUUUAGAAAUAAAACUAUCAGACGCUAUUAAUCACCUUCAAGAAAAUGCUCAUCUACAAGGAAUAGCUCUAAAUGAAAAUCAAUUUGCUGUAGCUCGUGAACGACAAGGCAAAGAAGAUCACGAUCGACUUCAUCGAACUAUCGAUGAAUUAAUCGAACAAGCAGCAAAUAAAACAAAAAUUGCUGUAGAACAAGUUAGACAACAAUAUAAUCAGAAUUUAGAAAAAUUAAUGCAAGAAUAUACUCAGAUGGAAUCGGAACUUGAACAUAAACAAGCUGAAUUUGAAAAGUGUCUCAGAGCUAAACGUUUAGCAGAAGAAGAACUCGAUAAAGCGUUACAAGAACGUCGGCGACAAAUUGAAAAUAAUUCAUAUGUCAAUGAAGAUUUGGCUAAACGAUGUUUUAAUGGUGAACGUGAACGUGAUGAUGCACUAACAAAACUCGAACAAUUACAACAUUCUCAAAAAAUUGCUCAACAUUCUUUUGAAACUGAACAAUCUAAAUCUUUAUUAAAACAAAAAGAGUUAAAUGAACGACUAGAAAAAGUAACAAUUGAUUUAGAUAAUAUGAGUCGAGAUCAUACAAUGACACUAAAUGAAUUAAAUGAAUUAAAAAAGAAAUUAUCAAAUGCUCAAACUGAACAAAAUUUAUUACAACGACGAAUGACAGAUUUGGUAAAAAGACAUGAGGAACAAUUAAUUGAAAGAGAAAAAGAAUGUUUAAAUCGUUUAACAGAACGAGAUAAUAUUAAUGGAGCAACAUUCAAUGAAUUAAGAAAUCUUGUCAAUCGACAACAGAGAAUGAUUGUCAAAUAUAAAGAAGAAUGUCAUACAAUUACAGCUCAAAGUGAAAUGAAAAUAAAUGAAUUUCGUCAAAAUAUUGAUAAUUUAAAAAAUCGAAAUAAUCAAUUACAGUCUGAAAUAGCGGACGUUAAACGAAAAGAAGCAGCGACAUCAAGAAUGUUAUUAUCAAAUACAAAUCGAUUGAAAACAUUGGAAGAACGUUUAGGAGAAGCUGAAAAACAAGCAGUUGAAGCAUCAAGAAGAACAGCGAAACAAUUAGUUCGUGAACGAUUAGCUCUUACCAAUGAUCAUCAUUAUUCAUCAUCACCUUUUAGACAACAAUCAAGUUCAUUAUUUAAUUUAAAUUCAGCUAUAACAUCACGUUCUCACAAUGGAUUGGCAUUAUCCGAUAAUAACAAUGGUCAUUUAUCUGAUGGAACAUAA